ACUUGUUGAAGAAGCUGAACUUAUAACUCGAGAGCAAGGACGUAAUUUGGCAGCUGAACUUGGUGCCGUUUACUACGAGGUUAGUGUGUAUACACACUAUGGUAUUGAUAAUGUAUUUGAAAAUGCUAUGAGGCAGGCCCUCAGAGCUCGUCGGCUGAAAAGAUUCUGGGCGAAGAAUCUGAAAAAUGUCAUGCUGCCUGCUCCUCAGAUGCCUUACCUUCCUCCAAUGCCUAAAGAACCAGAGGUUAAAGCUUUGGCGUCUUCUUACAAAAUCGAAAUGGGUUCUUUGCUGGACAAAGGAUUUGCUUCAGAUGUUAACUUAGAAGCUGCAGGAGCGGUAUUUCGGACACAUAAGAUCAUUUUGGCCGCUGCAUCAUCAUUUUUCAAGGAUAUAUUUAUUUCAUCUGAAAUUGAUUGUCUAAAGGUAAACUUAGAAGAUCUUCAGUUUGUGACACUUCAAUCUUUUCAAAUCUAUCUCAGAUUUGUAUACUGUGGAGAAUUAGAUGCUCUACCUGAUGUAGCCCUGGGUGAUAUCAAAGAGGCUGCAACUUUAACUCAGAUUGAUAUCUUAGAGGAUCUAAUCUAUGACAUUGAAGAGCAUGAAGGCAAACUCAAGAACAACAUUCAAGAAAGUUAUCAGUAUCAUUUCAAGGAAAGCCUAAAGCAAAUAUGCUUAGUAGAACACCUCUAUACAGACGUUAUUUUCAUUGUCGAUGAUGGUGAAUGCUAUGCUCAUCGAUCAGUUUUAAUGGCGCGCUGUGACGUUAUGACUGCAAUGUUUGGAGGUGAUUUCAAGGAAAGUUCAACUGAAAAAAUUCCAUUUCCAGGAGCUACUAAGUCCACAUUUGACAUAUGUUUGCAAUAUCUAUACACGGAUAAGAUUGAUGAUAAAAGCCUCACAGUUCAAAAUGGUGCUGCAGUUAUCGAACUGGCAAAUAGGCUGUGCCUGCCUCAUCUUAUAUCACUGGUAGAAAAACAUAUCAUUAAGGAACUCAAAUUGAUGAAUGCAAAGGAUGGUGACAUUAUUGAAUAUGUCUUUCAGUUCUUGGAAGUAUGCCAACUUCAUAAUGCAGACCAACUCUUUGAAUGGUGUCAGUAUUACAUCAUCAUAAACUACAAGAAUAUUGAACUACAUGCGCUUUUGCAAAGACUUGAUUAUGAUUAUCAAAUGUAUUUGCAAAAGAACAGAUGGCCUCCUCAGCAGUAUCUGGCUGAAAGAGAAUAUUAUGAUGCAAGUAUGCGAGUUUAUAAUGCAAAUCACAAUACUUCUGGAUUCGCAUUUUGGUUAUCAGCAAAGAAAAGGAUCAUCAAGUACUUCAAUUCAUUUAAAAGGAAUAAUCCACCCAAAAUUGCAGCUGAGCCUGUUCCUAGACCUUCCUUUAUUGAAUAUUUGGCAAGAAAAAGCAGAUUAAUUUAAACCUUUGUGCUCAAACUGGAGAAAUAUUAUUUCUCGAAUAGGUUUUUAUCUUUCAAAUAAACGCACAGUUUUUUGUUGAGAUCCUUAGAUAUCUCUGUCUACAGCAUUAAAAAAAAAAGAUUUUUAAAUUGAAAACGUUUGAAAUCUCUGUCUACAGCAUUAAGAAAAGAGGUUUUUAAGUUGAGAACAUUAGACAUCUCUGUGUACAGCAUUAAGAAAAUAGAUUUCCAAAAUGAAAAGUUUUUUUUUUUUAAUUGAAAGCAUGCAUCUCUGUCUAUAGAAUUAAGAAAAAAGAUUUUUUUUAAGUUGAGAAAAUUCAAAAUCUUUGUCUACAGCAUUAAGAAAAAGGAAUUUUUUAAAAUAUUUCUUAUCAGUCAUCAUUCUUAAAUAAAACUUUCUGUAUUUUUAUUUGUUUGUUGUUUUUGAAAAGCUCUUUUGUCCAAAUGUCAGAGGUUAUAAAAAGAAACUUUCAAACAAUAAAAAUUAUUCUACUUCCUCCAUGAACCAAGCUUAUAUAUGAAUAUUAUAUCUUUAUUUAAGUAACUAAUAAAUAUUUUUGAAUAUUU